UGCUGCUGCUCCAGCUGUUCGGGCUCCAUGUCUCCUGAGGAGGACGAGACCGCGCGUGAGCCGGUUUGGGGGGGGGGGGGGGGGGGCUCCAACUUCCGACACUCUGAGGAAACUAUCGCUUCUGUUAUUUUUCUUCUCGACUACCAGUUGCAAAUUCGCAAGGAAUUAAUUUAAAGACUUAAGAGAAGAAGAGAAACCAAACAUGAGGACCAGGUGUUGUGACGUGUCCGCUCCGCUGCUCCUCCUCCUCCUCCUGCUGUCUGUGGCGGACGGGAAAGGAACUUUGUACGGGGGACAUGCCAACCCUUUCUAUGGGAACAGAUACAACCUGUACAGGGCUGGACUCAACCCGCACCAGUCACCCAACAAGCCCAUGACCCGACACAAAAACCACUGCGCCUUCGUGGUCCAGAAGAACAUCUCGUGCACCAUGCAGGACGGAGUGUCCACCUACGUGAAGGCCGAGUACACCACCAAGUGCAUCUGGGGUCAGAAGUGUCCCGUUGUCAUGUACAGGACGUUCUACAAGCCAAAGUACAAGGUGGGUUAUAAGUCGGUGACUGAGCUGGAGUGGAGAUGUUGUCCCGGUUACUCUGGAGAGAACUGCUAUGAUGGACCCACGUCGCUGCCCGAUGUCAUGAUGCCACCUUUCAAAGGCGGGGGUGUGCCCCAUCGCCCGGGGAUGAAGGGCUUCCCCCACGGCCCCCGACCCCCUGUGGACCAGAGGCCCGGAGGAGGUCAGCUGGAGCCCGGCAAACCCUUCCCCGGACAAAUCCCCACAGGACAGCUGCCUGCUGGGAAUGGAAGACCAAACUAUGGAAACAAAUUUGGGGUUUCGGGAGUGACCGGUGAGCGCUUGGACCGCAUGGAGGAGGACCUGCGUCGCCUCACCCAGGGCCUAGACACCCUCAACGGGGUGGUGGUUGGCCUCGAGGAGCGUCUGCGCACGUCUCUGCGGGAAGACACCAACAAAAUCCUGGUGUCGCUGCUACCGAACGUUCCCCGAGUGCACGACUCCACGGUGGGAUUCGGGGUGAUUCCAGAUGGGGCUCCUGAUGGACUGGAAGGAGGAGAAACCUUCACUGGAUUUGGAGACUUGGCAGGACGGGUGACGGAAGUGAAGGAUGAGCUGCGAGCCAAAACUCACAUGUUGGAGGAGAUUCAGGGGAUGGUCCUGGGUCACGACGGCCAGCUGAAGAGGCUGCUGGAUGAAGCUUUUGGCCGGCCCGUCCAACACCCCGGCUCCACGGUCCACGUGGAAGAGAUCCUGGACGCCAAGCUGGCCGGCGUGCGGGCCGAGAUCCUGGACGGCUUCGAGCGCCGCCUGACUGGCCUAGAGAGCCAAUGCGACGAGAAGAUCGGGGAGGUGCAGAACCAGUGCCACAGGGAGCACAUGGACGGCCGGGAGCAGAUGCAGCAGUCUCUGGAUGGACGAGAGACCGGAAUCCGGGAGGAGCUGGGCUCUCUGCAGGCUCAGAUCCAGGGUCUGACUCUCACUGAGAGCUGCUGUGGACAGGUGAACAGUCUGUCCCAGCGCGUGCUGCGGCUGGAGGAGUCCGUCAAAGGUCUGACAGAAUCUCAGCGGCAGCUCCAGACCGCCCUCACCGACCAGAGCAUCCACGUGGAGACGCUGAUCGAGACCCGCCUGGUGGACAUCGAGGGCCGCCUCAACACCACGGAGGGCGGACCCGACGGAGCGCCGGGGCUCCCUGGCGGUCUGGACGGCUUCAAGACCCUGCUGGAGGACAAGCUGAAGACCCUGGAGGAGAGGGUGUUCGUGGCCGUGGAGGAGCUGAGCAACGCCACCGCUCCGGCGCUCCUGGAGGGUCAGGUGGUCCCGGCGCUGGAGACGGAGAUCGAGUCCGUGAGGAGGAGGGUGGAGGGAGACCUGGACGGCAUUCAGAAACAGCUAAUAGACCUGGAGCUCCUGUGCACCUCCUCUUGCUCGCCGUCCACCCUGCCAGCGGGGAGCGUCGGCAUCGCCGAAGUGGAGGAGGAAUGCGAGGGGAUGGGGAAGAAGAUGACGGACCGCCUGGACUCACAUUCCAACCAGCUAGACCGCCUCAACAGCACCCUGCAGAACCUGCUCUUCCACAUCGCCCAGGAGGACACGGAGGGUGCCGUCCUGGGAGAGAUCACCCUGCUGAAGGUCAACAUCAACACCGUGAACCGCACCCUGAAGGGCCUGAAGGACUCCAUCAGAUUCAUCGCGAGCGAGGUGGGCCACGCCAACGCCUCCUGGGAGCAGAGGGAGCACCAGAUAGUCAACCAGGUGCACGGGAUCACCAAGCUGGUGGGCCACCAGGCCUCCCUCCUGGGGGCCGGGGAGCGGCGGCUGGCCCAGCUGAAGGGGGAGCUGGGGGCCCUGAAGAGGCGGCUGGCCGGGGAGCUGCAGGGCUGCCGGAGCACGGCCAUAGAGGUGCAGAGGGAGGUGAAGGACGUCGACAGCCGGGUGAGCAGCGUGGAGGGCCAGUGCGGCAGCCUGGGGGAGCUGGCGGAGCACCUGGAGCGGAUCAGGGCGGAGCUCGAGAGACACUCGGACUCCUAUCUGUCCGAGGUGAACGGCACCCUGGCCGCGCAUUCGGAGCAGCUGGCCGAGCUGAAAGGGGAGGUCAAAGACUGCGGCAACCAAAAAUGAGACCAGUAGCAUCUUGAGCUACAGAUUUUAUUUGCAAAUUUGCAAUGAAGAGACUUUAUGUGUGCUUCUCAUUAGGGCUCAAGUGACUUCCUCUGCUUCUCUCCUCUCUCUCUCUCCUCUCUCUUUCAAAUCCCAUCUGCACAGAUGCAAAUUAACUGAACCGGCGAAAGUCAUUUCCCAUCAGCCCCCCCCCCUCCAGAUGUCCUGAGUACUUAGUUUAGUGAGGUGAGGAGAGGAAGACACAGAAUACAAAGACACACCUAUGGUUGCAUAGCUGGACAAUAUUUCCCCGUGAGAUUUUAUUCCACAUUUUACCUUUUUUUUAACUUAUAUGAAGUGACUGCAUUGUUAUGAUGUUAAACUGUUUGUAUUAGAGAAAUGAUUAAACAUAGUGGAUGAUAUGGGACUAAUACGCCGCUAUGGGUUUCUACUGACAAGUUGACAUCCUCCGUGUGGCCGCUUGUCUGGUACUGUUCGUCAUCGUGGUGCUAUUUACAGGUUUUCUUUUGUAAACUUCUGUUUUACAAG